AUUUUGAAUGGAGUUCCCUACGUAAAGGAAAAAGGAUCUCAGCCAAAAUGCCCAAAGACAGGAAUAUACAGUAGGGCCACUUUGCUGUGCAACAAGCUGCUGGCCACUGGCUAUUUGGUUUACUGGCUGCCGUUUGCCAUAUCGUCAAUCCUAUUGGUCAUACAAUGCAAUUUAGUGGCUGCAAAUAUGGUAAUCACAUGCGCAAUAAGAUAUGCGUUGCACGAAAAAAUUCAAUGGAGUGGCCCAACUGUAUGUUUUCUAUACUGUGUCAAUAUCAAACGUGACCAGAAAAGUGAAAAAUGGAUACAGUGAGAUCACUUAAGCAGUAAACCUUAUGCUGUUGCAGCCAGAGCUACUGUUGUGGUGCCUGAAUUGGCUAUGGCUAUGGCCUGAACCACAAGGGCACGUCGCCUUCUUUUUUGCAGGCAAUUCAGGCUGUUUAAAUGGCGAUAUGAAUUAUGAAAUAGUCAAGAAAGAAAAUGUCUGGUCGGAUUCCUAUUCGGAUUAAUAUUUCCCCUUGGAAACUACGCCUUUAGUGUUUUGGCUUGUGAAUUUUACAUACAAAUGAUUUACGUGGAAGUUGUAUCUGAUGUGGUUGUUGUAUUUGGAUGAAAUUCAAUAUGUUCUGGUGUAAUUCUAUGAUUCCUUUCCUCGUUUUGCUCACAUUGUGCAUAAACAUUUCGGGCAUGAAGAACGAAAAGUGCGUUAUGACGGAAAAAAACGGGUUUUACUACAGCUCUAAACUUUCCAAUUUGUCUGCAAAGCUUGUGAAGACCUACGAGAUUGAUAGCAGGGAAGAAUGUCGAGAUGCCUGCUGUGAUUUACAAGAAUGUAAUUUUAUGAUGUUUACAACCAUGUUAAAGAUGGCAAAAGAUCGUUAUUAUGCCUCAAAUGUGACAUGCUUUCUCUUCAAUUGUCCUGAUAUUUUGAAAUGUAUUACAGUGAAGGUGCCCAAUGACACAGGUGUAUCAAUCAUUGAAGUAAAACGAGAAAAUUUUUUAUUUGACGAUCAGAGCACAAAUGAGACUUUGAACACAAAUAGAUCCAGUAUCCAAAGCACCACUCCAGGUCAAUUUGCCACAAAGAGUACGAACUUGCCAGAAUUACGCUCAUCAAGUGUUUUGAAAAGUACAACAGAUUCAAACACUUUUUUACAUGGAUCUCACGGUGUGCACAACAUCAAAAGUCCGUUUUCGGAGAAACGAAGUCAUACAACACAUGUGUCGUUGAUCAUAUCUCUUUUCAUCGGGAUCGUUUUUUUCGUAGCCGUUGUUGUUAUGAUAGGCCGACGAUGGAGCGAGCGGUUCUCCAGACGUGCAUAUAAUCGCGUUGACUUUCUGCUCAAUGAUUAUGAUUGAUCGAGGUUCACGUGAUAUUCUCUAGUAAAGGUAUUAUGUAGUUUGCUUUAGUGACGUUACCACGCAUACAGAGGCAGUGCCGCAUUAACCACUGUGCCCGUUCCUAGGGGUCAAAAAAAUUUUUGAGCUCCAGAACUGGCGUACAACAGUUAUAUGGGGACUCACUAAGUGCCCAGGGGUCCAAAAAUCUUAAUGCGGCCUGUGGGGAAAUGUUUUGUGAUCACGUCACGUGAAUACGCAAUAUUUUUUGCUAGAGCUGGAUAUCUGCUUUCUUGAAGUGUAAUAUCAGCAGAAGGUGCAUGUACAUAAUUUAUUGAAUCUUUGAAUGUGAUUUUGCAGUGUUGAAUAACAACGCUACAAAAUGAGGUAUUAAGCUGGAGAAUUUGAAUCAUUUCAUUCAUUUAUCUUGUUAAGAAAUCCUACUAAAUUUACCGUGAGAGAAAUGCUACCCAUGUUUCAUAAGUAACUAGUUACCGUAACCGUUGCAGUCAUUGAAAACAGUAACGAUUACAUGUAGCUGGUUAGUCGCAACGAAGUUGUUAUUUUCAGCACUGCUUUUAUUUUCAAAUUUGAAAACAAACAGUAACGAUUACAUGUAGCAAGUUAGUCGCAACGAAGUUGUUAUUUUCAGCACUGCUUUUAUUAUCAAAUUUUUACAAGAAACCUUGGCGGAUCUAGGAAACGGGAAUGUGAACAAAACUUCUGCAACUUAUGCCGGAGUACUCAGCAGUAGGUAGGAGUUAUAUUUACAUUCUAUAUCACUUUGAAAAUUUGAAAGUAAUUUGAUCGUAUGUAAGGUAUGGGGCAAUUUGUUUGAUUUAAUGGAUGGGGUCGUUAGUCAACUGAAUCCUACCUCGACCCCUCUUGGCCACUGCCUCACCCUAGAUCCGUCACUGUGUACAUACUCUGAUUGUUGUAUGUUAUAGAUUGUAUAAGGUUAGUGUUUUGAUUUAAUGGAUGGGGGUCGUUAGUCAACUGAAUCCUACCUCGACCCCUCUUGGCCACUGCCUCACCCUAGAUCCGUCACUGUGUACAUACUCUGAUUGUUUUAUGUUAUAGAUUGUAUAAGGUUAGUGUUUUGAUUUAAUGGAUGGGGGUCGUUAGUCAACUGAAUCCUACCUCGACCCCUCUUGGCCACUGCCUCGCCCUAGAUCCGUCACUGUGUACAUACUCUGAUUGUUUUAUGUAAUAGAUUGAAAAAGAUUAGUGUUUUCAUUAUAGUUAUAAUUGUAGUAAAGUACUCAAUUAAGGAGAUACGAUGACAAAAAAGCGAGAUAUCGCAACUUAUACGAGUUCAUAAGCACGUGCGAUCAAAGACUUAACUUUUUGUGAUACUCAAGAUCGGCUAUUCGCGAGAACUCGCUUCAUGUAAUCAUGGCCGUGCCUGGAAUGCUCGUUGCGAGAGUGCGUAUUCAUAUAUUCACUUGUGCCCGACUGAGUUCUUUUGAUAGUGUAUGUAUUUUUGAUAGUGUAGGCAUACCAACGGGUCAACCCGUCUCCCAAUAAAUUCCUAUUAGCGUUUACACGAUAGCCGGGUCAAUUUACCAAUCUGGGGCACCCUUCUCAAGACUCUGGUCGACCUUGGUUAGCGUUGAAUUUAGCUCAUUUCUUCAUGUAAACCCGGGUUGCCUUGUCUUUUACUUUAUUUUCGAGCCAGCCCGGGCUGAGAAUUGCUGACCCGGAUUGAAAAAUCAGUUCUAACCCUGGUUCGUGUAAACAUAACCACCUAUCGCAGUUUGACCCGAGUUAAAUAUCAACCCUUGGCUCGUGUAAACCGGGCCAUACUCUGCCCAUGACCCCAUAAUUUAAUAAUUAAUUCUAAGUUGUAAUUUAUGCUUCUGUGGCAUAAAUUUAUCAUUCAAUUAAAUUAUUCGAAGAAA